AUGUAUGAAAAUGAACAAUUAACAUUAACAAAUCAUGAACUUAUUGAAUUAUUUACGGAAGAUUUAGGAAGUUAUUUUGAUAAAGUAACAGAUGAAAUUGAUAUAAUAACAACCAUACUUUCAACACCAAACACUUGAACAUUCAUCGAUUUCACCACCACUAACUGAACCACUUCGACAUUUUAUUUAUAUGUUAUUAUUUCGAUCAUUAUUUGGCAUUUGAAUAUAAACAAGAUAAAACUUGUCAAAUAUUUAUUUACAUUCAUUAUCUUCGGACUUCUUUUUUCAAUAGAAAAAACUGAUUUGAAAUAAAAAUAUAUCUUUUGAUCUUUUUCGCUUGAAUUGUAUUUCGAGAAACUAUCUAUCUGAUUGUUCUAUUAUGCUUUUUUUCGUCAAUUCUCUAAAUUAAAAAAAAUACAGAACACAAAUUGAACAAUCAAUUCAAUAUUAAUUA